GUGUAGACAAUUCAUGGGGCAUUGUGCGGGUAGGAAAAUGGUGGAUUAUUUGCAAUUUGUCAUAAAAACCUCACCCCGUCUGGAUAUCCUGCCAUAAAACACUGUUUGGUGGCAUUUCUGCGCCUGUCUUGGCCUUGUCUACAGUAACUGAAGUCGUGUUAUAGCGGUUGGUAGGUAGGUUCCCCCCUACAGCUCGAUCCGAAAGACCUUAUCCAUUUCUAUUCUUUAAAUACAUGUAGGAUUCUUGCAUCGCACUCUCCCGUCUCUGAAACUAACGUUUGGAAACAAUAAACUGUUGGAUUACUGAACUAUGGAUUUCAACAGCGGCAGCGGCGGCGGUGGUGGAAACGAGCUGCACAACAACCAGUUUUAUCAGUGCGAGGAGAACAAGCCUCUGCUGGGAGAGAUGUCGGAGGGCAAUAAUAACACCAAGCUGGGCGCAGGGCCGUGCAAGAGGUCCCUGCACCACUGCAGCAGCAGUGGGAUGCGAUACAAGCUGCUCCACGAGGGGGACAUCCAGGUGUGCGUGGUAAAGCACCCCCGCACCUUCCUCAGCAAGAUCCUCACCUCCAAGUUUCUGCGGAGGUGGGAGCCGCACCACCUCACGCUCACAGACAGCAGCCUGACCUCGGCCACCCCUACCGGUUACAUGGAGACGUCAUUGUCGUACAGUUCCAUAGAAGACCUGCAGCUCCUCUCAUGGGACAAUGCUCCAAAGUACUGUGUCCAGCUGAGCUUCCCUGGUGGCACCGUCCUGCUGCAGGCUGCAAACAGCUACUUAAGAGACCAGUGGUUUCACUCCCUGCAGUGGAAGAAAAAGAUCUACAAGUACCGUAAGGUCCUGAACAACCCAAGUCGCUGGGACGUGGUGCUGAAGGAGAUCAGAGCACUGGUGGACAUGGCUCUGACCUCACCGCUGCAGGAUGAGUCUAUUCACCAGGCUCCACUGCACAUCAUCUCCACCCUGCUGGCUGAGCUUCCCUCACCCCAGAGAGGAACACGUCUUAGCAAAUUUCUUCUAAACUCCAGCACACAAAGGAACCAUCACUCCAGUUUCGUGUGUGGUCCAGUCACCUUUCCCCCAUUUCCCCCUCUCCCUUCCUGCAGUCGGGACAACUCCCCCAGCCUGAAAGAGAUCAGAAAUGGUUGCCAGCAACAGAAUGACCGCAAACCCCCAAUGCCGCUCCGCCUACUGCGCCCUGAGCCUCCUACGCUUCCUCCUGCCACCCUCCUCCCUCUCUCUGCCAACCCCAGUCCUCCUCAACCACCUGCCCUUGCCCCCUCAAACCCCACCCCAUCCAUCCCCAUCUCCACAACUCCCUCGCUGCCCCUUUCCCCUCCUCCCUCUGUUGUCAAUUCCAGCGAGAUCCUGGUGGAGCUGGAGCGGAACAACAACUCGGCCAAUGCCCGACGGAGGGGUGGGCCAUCAGGUGGCGACAGCGAACCCAAUCUCAUCGACUGUCUGCUGGUCAGCCCAGCUGUCAACACUCUGUCCAUCCAGCUGCCAGCACAGGCUGACCGAGUGCUGGGCUGCUUCGCUCUCAUCCUUAAGAUGCUGUCAGACUACGAUGACUGGAGACCUGCUCUGGCCAGCUUGCUGCAGCCUAUCCCCUUCCCUAAAGAGGCCCUUGCACAUGCCAAAUUCACAAAGGAACUGAAAUAUGUUAUUCAGAGGUUUGCGGAGGACCCGAGGCAGGAGGUUCAUUCCUGCCUACUAAGUGUGCGUUCAGGUAAAGAUGGCUGGUUCCAGCUUUACAGUCCAGGAGGUAUGGCCUGUGACGACGAUGGAGAGCUGUUUGCCAGUAUGGUUCAUAUCUUGAUGGGCUCCUGCUAUAAGACCAAGAAGUUCCUCCUCUCUCUGGCUGAAAACAAGCUGGGUCCCUGCAUGCUGCUGGCACUACGUGGAAACCAAACCAUGGUGGAGAUCCUGUGCCUGAUGCUGGAGUACAACAUCAUUGACAACAAAGACACCCAGCUUCAGAUUAUCUCCACCCUGGAGAGCACCCAGGUGGGCCUCCGCAUGUACGAACAGCUCUGCGACCGACAGAGAGAACUCAAAGAACUGCAAAGAAAAGGAGGCCCCACCCGACUGACUCUGCCGUCAAAGUCCACGGAUGCAGAUCUGGCCCGCCUUUUGAGUUCAGGUUCUUUUGGGAAUUUGGAGAACCUGAGCCUGGCCUUCACCAACGUCACCAGUGCCUGUGCUGAACAGCUCAUCAAGCUGCCUUCACUCAAACAGCUCAACCUCUGGUCCACACAGUUUGGGGAUGCAGGGUUGAGGUUGUUAUCUGAGCAUCUGGCCUGUCUUCAGGUGUUGAACCUGUGUGAGACUCCUGUCACUGAUGCUGGUCUGCUGGCUCUCAGUUCCAUGAAGAGUCUGUGCAGUUUGAACAUGAACAGCACCAAGCUCACAGCUGACACAUAUGAGGACCUCAAGGCCAAACUUCCCAACCUGAAAGAUGUUGAUGUUCGGUACACAGAGGCCUGGUGAUCAACCGAGCUCACACACCCCUCAUACAUAACCAGACACACACAUAAACAUAUGCACACAUUGCACACAGGCUCAGAUAAAUAACAUGAAAUUGUGUGGAGAUGUCAUCUCCGUCAUCACCAUCAUUAAAUGAGGAACUCUGACAGCAUCCCAGUGUGAGGAUCACCUGAUGUAACCAGAACAUCUCUGACAAAUGUAUGUCAGAGGAGGAGCCUUCGUCAGCUUCAGACGUCAACCCCUGUAGUGAUGCCAUCACCAGGAAGGAACUGUCUAGUCAGUGUCAGCAUCGCUUUUUUUCUAAGUGAAAAACCUUUAUGGACCUCAUUGCUCCCCUUACUUCUGUUCAAAAGACCUUGUUUUUACCAACAUGAUCAGAGGACGUGCAAGGACCUACUAUAUUGUGGCUAUAUUGGGACCCUUUUCUCUCUCUGCAUUUAUCCUUUGCCCUGUCUUUCAUAUAUGGUCUCUCAGUUUCCAUAUUCAGUCUAAACCCAGCCAUUGCCCUCCCACCUCUGUUUGUCCCUGUCAUGAAAAACCCUGAAUUGACCCCUUCCCCUCAGAGCCUUGCUCUCUUUUUCUCUCUCCUGCCCUCAUGCAAUGAAGGCUGGAUACAGCAGGUCACAUUCCAGUUCUUCUCUGAUCUUAUCGGCAAUGUAGCUCUCCAAACAGACAUGUUGAAGUGUUAAUCACUUCGGCCCUCACUCUCUGUGCUCUUUGGCUUCAGUUUUUAGGGUCAGAUUCUGGCUUUUUCAAGUCUUUCAUUGGGAAAAUGAGGUGCUACCUCCCAGAAAAGAAGAGUUGCAAGACUGUACCUAUUCCUCAUAUACAACACGUUCACACACAAAAAUGAAAAAAAAAGAAGUUUUUAUCAACUUGAAUGAACAUAUUUUUCCAGACAUCUGUGCUUUCAUAUAUUGUGUGUUUCUAUAUAAUACAUGAAGAUAAUCCCCAGUAAUGAUAUUUCAGAUACAUUUUGGGAGUCUGUAGGUUAAACAGCGAUGGCAGCAUUUGUUCUUUUUUCAUUUGUUUUCAGUGUACAUACUGAUGAUCUCCCAUUAAUAUUUAAUAGGACAUUUGUGUAGCAGUAGUGGGGUGGUCUGUGACUGCCUAAUAUUUAUAAGUUGUAUCUUUAAAACCUCCUUUAUUCUGUCUCUCCUGGAUUUUGAAGUACACAGGCCCUGUUGUUUUGCAACAUAAAACAUGGGAAGCAAACCAAGAGGGUGGCCAUACAUGGAUCUCUCUGUACCAUGCCAUUGUGGUGACGUUGACCUCUAAAUUGGACAGCAGAAAUUCUAAGGUGGACCUGUAAACAAGACCCAUCACCAGCUGAGAGUUGUAUAUUUUCAUAUCCUCAUAUCCUUUUUUGGCUCUUUUGUAUAGACGGUUGAAGACGGUUUGGAAAAGAAGAAAUGACACUUGCCAAACAUCUUCAUUGAAUUUAGUUUUUGUUUUGUGGACUUGUUUCAUCAGGCCAACAUAAGCGUGUUUUUGGUACUGAUUGGUGCAAGUGGAACCUGUUGUAACCUGCCUGUGGAGAGACACCGACACUGUUCGUGUUCCAAUCUCUGACCCCCUUGCUGAGUUUUGAGUUAGGGAUCACAGUGCCUCUAGUGGAGCUGUGGGUCGACUAAUGUUAUCUUUUUAUCAAUUGUUAAACCUCCUGUUUUAAAGUGUUCUGCUGUCAUAAUAUUAUGCUGUAAUACAUGAAUGACAUUUUAAGGCUUAAUGGAUAAAUAAAUCUGAUCAGAUGAUGAACCAAAAUUACUGUACAUACAAUAUUCUGUCACAAUGGCCUAUAAGGGACAAAAGACUGGAAAAAGGCACCUUUUGCCCAUAUCUGUCCAUCUACAUUCCCUCAAAAUGUUGCCUGUUCAUUGUGGCAACAUUUCACGAUGUGGUAACUGCCCUAACACUGCAACUAUGUCAGAAUCUCUUUCUCCUCUCCGUCUAGAUGUGGUUUGGGUUGAUUUGUCUUGUGUCAGCAACCCUAGAAAACACAAGGCAGGUCAUAUUUCCACCCUUACUUCAGACAGCUUUGCUCUGACUGAAUCCAUCCAUUUUAUUUAUUUGUGUUGACCUCCAGAAUGCUCCAGAUGUUUGAUGAAUCAAGGCAGAGACUGCAGCAGAGGACAGGAUGCCGUCCGCAAUGAGAUGCUUUGUUUCCUAUUUAUUGAGUGCCAUAGCAGUUUUCUGUUUGGCCUGUGUAUGGCCAUCUUUGGGUCUGGCUUUUGGACUUUGUGGUCUCUAAUAUCCUGUAUGAUGUAUAUACAAGUGUAUAUAGUCAUCUCCUCCUUUCCUCUCUUGAAACAUUUUUGAAUCCUUCAUCCCUUUUCUCUAUUUUUCUCAGCCUCCCUUCAUAGGCAGGCUGUUGUUGCCUUCAUCUUAAUGUGUGUGGGGGUUUUUUUUCACACAGUGCACUGUAAUCUAAAAAAUUAUGUUUUCAAUGCAUAAUAUCUUUUACAUUUUCUGAUGUCUUUGACUUGAUUACUUUAAUCAAACAUUUUUUCCUGUGUUCUUGUUGUUUAGGUUAUUUGCAUGUACAUGUUGCUGCAUCAUCUGGUAUGUUUAUUUUGUAAUUUUGUUUUAUAAAAGGUUUGAAAUACAAUAUAGGGUCUGAUCACUAUCUCACUAAGGUUGAGGACUGAAAUGGAGAGACGCCACCUAACUAUUUUCUGAUUGGUUGUUGGCAGGAUCCAACCAUGAGGCUUGACAGAGCCUGUUGGUUGAGGCAGUUGGGGUUUGAUUGAAACUGAUUUUCUAAAAAUCCAAUACUGGUACUUUUACACCGAAGCUGCCUCAAGCCGAGGUUUCAUAAUUUAAAUUUCACUGUUUUCAUAUCAAAAAAAUGCUAAUAUUUCUUGCUCACCCAGGAAUUUUGUUUUAAGCCUGCCAGAUAAUCAUAUCAGAGGUGCACCAUCUUGACUGGCCAAUAUCAUUUUAAAAUAAAGUUGUUGUUUCAACACAUCAGGAAACUGAUAGGUCAGUUUGACUUUAAACAGUUUUUUUUUAAUAUCUGAUGUUUUUUUAAGUCUGAAGGUUUUAAAGGAAUAUUUCAACAUUUUGGGAAACACGCUUCUCAGCUUUUUGAUAAGUUAGAUGAGAAGACUGAUGCCAUGUCAUGUCUAUCCAUUUAAUAUGAAGCUUUCACCAGUAUAGGCUUAGCUUAAUUUAACACAAAGACUGGAAAGUAGUGGAAACAGCUAGUCUGGCAUAUUAGAUCUCAUUUGUUGAACACCUUAAGUUUUUGCUGGUUGCCUGACAACCUUGCAGUGAUGACGAAACUCCAUGAAGUCACUGCACCCAGGCAAGGAAUAGUUUAGCACAUAAACCCCCUAAAACCACAAGGUGUGACUUUUAAACAUGAAGUAAAAAGAAGCAGAUUUUGUUACUUUUGGAUAGAGCCAGGCUAGCUAUUUUCUUCAUGUUAAGAUAAGCUAACUGGCUGCUAAUGUACAGACAUGAGAAGUGGUAAUGAUCGUUUCAUUUAACUCUCAGCAUGAUAGCAAAAAAGGAUAUUUCCCAAAUUAUCAAAUGUUUCCUUUAAACAAGGUGGCUGUCUUGGGGACAUCACUAGGUCAUCCCACAGUUUUUAGGCCUUGCUGCCAUUUGUGCAAACUGUGAGCUUGGGGACCAGCAUGUUGAGAUUAUAAUGGAGGGUUUUUGUAUUACUGUAUAACAUCUGUUGGUUGAAUUGAAAAAUCUUUUCUGUUCUGUUAUGUAUCUGUAUCCUGUGGAGCUCACUGUGCUUUGCUUUCCAUUCCCAUCCUGAUUCCUCCCUCUUGUCUUUUAUCUCUCUGAUGUUUUUUUUAUUCAACACAAACUGUAAAGAGUUUCUACCAUGUCAAAGUUGUAUACAGCUGUGCUCAAGUCUUAACAGUUGUUAUGGAAGGAACAGGGUCAGAUAUGGCUCAGCCAAACAAAUCUGACAGACUGAAAAAAACAAAAAAAACAACAACAACUCUAUUUCCCAUGAUUCCUUGUAGUAAAAUCUUUUUUGGCAGCUGGAAAAGGAGCACCCAUCAUGUUUCUCUCUCUUUUUCAGUUUUUCUCUGCAUUGAUCUGCUUCUCCUGCUAGGUUAUUAUUAUUGCUGCUGCUGCUCUGUGGCUGUUGUAAUAAAACUACAAAAGAUCUUCAACAGGAAAAAUAACAACUAUGAUGUUAAAUAAUUUCAAUCAAAAUAAAUUGUCUGUGAAUAUGU